AUGUCUGGCGACAACGUUGAAGUCGACGACACCCUCUUCCAGGGGGCCAUCGGUAUCGAUCUCGGAACCACCUACUCGUGUGUCGGUUACUGGGUCAACGACCGAGUUGAGAUCAUCGCCAACGACCAGGGAAACAGGACCACCCCGUCCUACGUUGCCUUCGGUCAGGAUGAGCGUCUCAUUGGUGACGCCGCCAAGAACCAGGCCGCUAUGAACCCCACCAACACCGUUUUCGACGCCAAGCGAUUGAUCGGUCGUCGGUAUGACGAUGCCGAUGUCAAGAAGGACAUCAAGCACUGGCCUUUCACCGUUGUCGACCGUGAUGGUUCCCCCGUUAUCGAGGUCGACUACCAGGGCGAGAAGAAGCAGUUCCAGCCCCAGGAAAUCUCAUCGAUGGUUUUGACGAAGAUGCGUGAGAUCUCGGAGGCCAAGAUUGGCAAGCAGGUCAAGAAGGCCGUCAUCACCGUCCCCGCCUACUUCAACGACUCUCAGCGUCUCGCCACCAAGGACGCCGGAGCCAUUGCCGGCCUUGAGGUCCUCCGUAUCAUCAACGAGCCCACCGCCGCCGCCAUUGCCUACGGUCUUGACGACAAGGCCGCCGAGGCUGGUGAGACCAAGACCAUCCUCAUUUUCGAUCUCGGAGGAGGAACUUUCGACGUCUCCCUCUUGACCAUCCAGGGCAAGGUCUUCUCGGUCAAGGCCACCGCCGGUGACACCCACUUGGGUGGUGAGGACUUUGACAACACCUUGCUCGAGCACUUCAAGGCCGAGUUCAAGCGCAAGUCAAAGCUCGACAUUUCGGAGGACCCCCGUGCCACCCGUCGUCUCAGGUCGGCGUGCGAGCGUGCAAAGAGGACCCUUUCUUCCGUCACCCAGACCACCGUCGAGGUCGACUCUCUCUUCCAGGGCGAGGACUUCUCUGCCAACAUCACCCGUGCCCGUUUCGAGGAGAUCAACGCUGCCGCCUUCAAGUCGACCAUUGAGCCCGUCGAGAAGGUGCUCAAGGACUCGAAGAUCCCGGCCGGCAAGGUCGACGAGAUUGUCCUUGUCGGUGGUUCCACCCGUAUCCCCAAGAUCCAGUCCUUGGUCUCGGAAUUCUUCGGCGGUCGUCAGCUCAACAAGUCGAUCAACCCCGACGAGGCCGUCGCCUACGGUGCCGCCGUCCAGGCUGCCGUCCUUACCGGCCAGGCGUCCGACAAGACCGCCGACCUCCUCCUCCUCGACGUUGCCCCCCUCUCCCUCGGUGUCGCCAUGCAGGGUGACAUUUUCGGUGUCGUCCUCCCCCGUAACACCCCCAUCCCUUCCAACAAGUCGCGAGUCUUCACCACCGUGGAGGACAACCAGACCACCGUCAUGUUCCCCGUCUACGAGGGUGAGCGGACACAGUGCAAGGACAACCGGCUUCUCGGCGAGUUUGAGCUCUCGGGUAUCCCACCCAUGCCCCGUGGCCAGGCCGAGCUCCUGUGUACCUUUGAGGUUGACGCCAACGGUCUCCUCAAGGUCUCAGCGAUGGACAAGGCUUCCGGCCGCAAGGCCCAGAUCUCGAUCCAGAACUCUGUCGGUCGUCUGUCAUCCGAGGAGAUCCAGGCUAUGAUCAAGGACGCCGAGCAGUUCAAGAAUGCCGACAAGGACUACUCUGCCAAGCACGAGGCCAAGUCGGACCUCGAGUCAUACCUCCACACUUGCGAACAGACCAUCUCGGCCCCUGAAAUGGGCGCCAAGAUCAAGCGGGGAGCACGCGGAGCCGUCGAGGCUGAGAUCGCCAAGGCGCUCGAGAAGCUCGAGCAGGAGGACGUUACCGCCGAUGAGCUCAAGAAGGCGCACUUGGGUGUCAAGAGGGCUAUGCAAAAGGCGAUGGCUUCGGCCCGUUAA